UGAUAUUGUUGUCUUUGUCUGUCACUUGACGUUUUUUAUAUAUUUUUUUUUGACAUUACUUGUUUUAUUUUUUAGUUACAAAAGUGACACAAGUGCAGCUACGAAACUUGUUUUCAAUGAUCGAUCAUUUUCAUCAUCAGUUCAUUUCUCCGAACUCCAGCUAACAAUUUAUUUUAAACAAAUAAAUUUUACUGUUUCUAAACAAAUAAAAAAUAACAAAACAAAUUAUUUUAUAAAUAUCUGGAGCAAAGUAUAAAUAUAUGUAACAAUAAAAGUGGUCGUUGGUUUCCAAACGAGCAAUUCAUCUACCAAAUUUGGAGAAAGGUCUAGUUCUUAUCAAAUUAUUUCUGAUACCGCUUCCAGGUCAAUCCAGGUAACAGUCUGAUGUCUGGUGUCUGAUGUCCUGGUUCUUUGGUGGGAGACCAACACUAAAAUAAAAUAUUGUAACCAUGAUUGAAAUGUUUGUGAGGAUUUCACAUGUCAAAGACACUGGAGUUUAUUGAAACGUGUGAGACUAACCUCGAAUAUCAUCAAAAAAUUUAUUUACUUAACAAAAUAUAUGACUUAGACGUUUUAUUUUAAGUGAGUAACGAAAAAAAUGGGGUUUGACGUUAAUAGAUUCCAAGGAGAAGUCGACGAAGAAUUGAUAUGUCCAAUAUGUUCUGGUGUACUCGAGGAUCCUGUUCAGGUGAGUGAUGUGUUGCAGGCAGCGGUUUGUGAGCAUGCAUUUUGCCGUGUCUGCAUCAACGAAUGGAUUGGCCGUCAGCCGACGUGUCCUCUGGACAGGACACCGAUAACCCCAGCUCAGCUGCGACCUGUUCCGCGGAUCCUGAGAAAUCUGCUGGCGCGCCUGUGCAUCAACUGCGACAACAUCGUCUACGGAUGCCAGACGGUGAUAAAGCUGGACAGUCUGGUGACACAUCUAGAGGAAUGCGAGUUCAACCCCAAGAGACCUGUACCCUGCGAGCAGGGCUGCAGUCUCAUUGUGCCCAAGGAUGAACUUAAAAAUCACAACUGCGUGCGCGAGCUCCGGAGCCUGAUUCAGUCCCAGCAUCAGAAACUCAGUGAUAUGAAACGCGAGUUAAGUGAACAGCAGUUCCAAAUGAAUGAACAGAGACGUGAAAUAAAUUUACUUAAAGAUUUUAUGCGUGCUAUGAGAGUUUCUAAUCCAGCAAUGCGGGCUAUUGCUGACCAGAUGGAACGCGAUGAAGUUGUUAAAUGGUCUGCUACACUUCCUCGUGCCCGAGUUACAAGAUGGGGUGGAAUGAUUUCUACUCCAGAUGAACUUUUACAAACAAUGAUAAAAAGAACAUUAUCAGAAUAUAAUUGUCCGCCGCACGUAAUUGACGAGCUGAUGGAAAAUUGCCACGAAAGAAAGUGGCCGCCUGGUCUGAGUUCACUGGAGACGCGACAAAACUCCCGGCGUCAGUAUGAAAACUACGUCUGCAAACGGGUACCUGGUAAACAAGCUGUCCUAGUACUUUAUUGCGACAAUACACACAUGCCGGAAGACAUGAUGGUCGAGCCGGGAUUAGUUAUGAUUUUCGCUCACGGCAUCGAGUAAAUUUAAAUAAACUUUUAAAAUAUAUUAAUUAAAUUAAAUUAAAUUAAAUUAAAUUAAGCAAAGACGCUUUCCCAAGUGAAUUAAUAUAAGAGUCAUUACCAUAAGUAACUUGUAAAUUAAUUGUUUGAUUACUCUUAAAAAAAAUCCAUAUUUUAUGAUCAUUAAAUUUAGUGUUUUUUUAAUUAUUACUUACAUGUAGCUCGCACUUCAUUGGUAGUUAAAUAAUUUUUAUUUUUUUUUAAGUCAUGCAGGAUUUUAAAAUUAAUUACAAAGACUGGCGCGCAAAAAAACUAAACUUUAAAUAUUAAAUUAUUUUGAUCUCUUACUUACAAUUUUAUAAUUAAGACUUAUCAAUAAGUAGUUAUUAUUAUUAAUUUUUUUUAUAUAUAUUCCAAAUGAACAAUAUAAAUUAAAAAUAAUAUUUUUUACAAGCUAGACUAUAUUUUUAAAUAAAAUCAACAAAAGCAUAAAUUUUGAUGGUGAAAGACAGAGUCGAGCGAAUUUAUCGCAAACCGAAAAACUGUGAUAACACUUUACACCAUUUAAAAUCCUUAACUCGUUCAACUAAUAAAUAUACAGAUACUUUUGUUAAUUAGUAAAAUAUUUGCUGCAUACGUCAUCAAUUAAACAAUUAAUUAACAAGAUCACAAAUGCUUUCAAACAUCACAAUCGACUUUGACACUUUUUCGAACCCCGACAAUUUUUAUUGGAGUUUAAAUUUUAAAUGAUUAAUUAAUUAAAUUAAUUUUUCAGUUAAUUCCUAUGUGAUAUUUUAAGAAAGUACAUAAAUAUAUAAAUAUAUAUAUCUUUAUUUGAAAAAGUGUGAUCAGUUUAAUUCUGAUGAUUUCAAUAAUUAUUCUAAAUCGAAUGAUAUGCGCACCAUG